GGACUUGACUAAACGUAGCAAAAUGGCGCUGCUAGCAAUGGGUGGUUGAACGCAUUUCUGAGUUCCAUAGUGUCAUUUAUUCGCCAUUUAAACCACCCAAAACGUCAGCCUCGGCUAGAAUGGCGACCCAAGAUCAGAAAUCACCCAACGUGCUUCUUCAGAGUCUCUGCUGCAGAAUUACGGGGAAAAGCGAAGCUGAAGUUGCCCAACAGUUCCAGUAUGCAGUGCGAGUCAUUGGCAGUAACUACGCUCCCACUAUUGAACAAGAUGAAUUCCUGGUGACGGAGAAGAUCAAGAAAGAAUUGCUGAAGCAGCGACGAGAGGCAGAUGCCGCUCUCUUCUCCGAGCUGCAUAGAAAACUACAGACACAGGGAGUUCUGAAGCAUUGCUGGUCUGUUCUCUACUUGCUUCUCAGACUUUCUGAAGAUCCCCGCAAGCCCUCCAGUAGGGUUGGAAACUAUGGGGUUCUGUUUGCUCAGGCUCUCCCUCGAGAUGCCCACUCCACCCCGUUCUACUGCGCCCGGCCCCAGAGUCUGACUCUGGGCUAUGCGGAGAGGGGCAGCGGCUUUUCAACUAGCAUGGCCACCAGUGGUAUCUCAAGUUUAGGAGUGUACACACUCAAUGGACCCACACCAACACCGCAGUCACUGUUGGCAGGUCAAGCCCCACAGUCUGCGGCAGGAGUCGCUCCACCUGGGGUGUCUCGACUCGCCUGGACUCUUCCCGCAAGCGCCUCGGCUCUGGGCCCGGCCGCCAUUCGGCCAACCCUUGGACCUUCGCAAGCCAGCACCAGAGCAGUCCGCCUCAGGCAGGAUGGCGAUGCAUCAGGUGAGGUGAACGAGGCGGCACUGGUGCGGGACAUCCUCUAUGUGUUCCAGGGGAUUGAUGGCAAGUUCAUCAAGAUGAGCACCCAAGAUAAUUGUUACCAAAUAGACACCAAGGUGAUGGUGAGCAAAUCCCUGAGGGACACCAGCAGCAGACUGUCUGAGCUUGGCUGGCUCCACAAUAAGGUCCGCAAGUACACAGAUGCCAGGAGCCUUGACCGGGCUUUUGGACUAGUUGGACAGAGCUUCUGCGCAUCGCUCCACCAAGAGCUGAAGGAAUACUACAGACUCCUGUCUGUCCUCCACUCUCAGAUGCAGGUGGAAGAUGACCAGAUGUGUACAGACAGCAAUCUGACUCUCAGAAGGCUCCUGGUCUGGAUGUAUGACCCCAAAGUACGGCUUAAAACGCUCGCCGCCCUAGUCGACUUCUGUCAAGGCCGGAAAGGUGGGGAGCUCGCCUCGGCUGUUCACGCCUAUGGGAAAACGGGAGACCCGCAGAUGAGGGCGUUGGUGCAACACAUCCUCAGUCUGGUGUCACACCCCAUCCUUAAUUUCUUGUAUCGGUGGAUCUACGACGGAGAGCUCGAAGACACUUACCACGAGUUCUUCGUGGCAUCAGAUCCAAACGUGAAAACCGAUCGCUUAUGGCACGACAAGUACUCGCUGAGGAAGUCAAUGAUCCCUUCGUUCAUCACGAUGGACCAAGCUCGUAAGGUUCUGCUCAUUGGUAAAUCCAUCAACUUCCUGCACCAGGUUUGUCAUGACCGAACGCCACCAGGCAAAAUCACACCAGCCUCCAACUCUACAGACACACCCAAAGAUGCAGCCGAACUGCUGUCGGACCUGGAGGGGGCGUUUCAGGAGAAGAUUGACGCCGCCUACUUUGACACCAGUAAAUACCUGCUGGAUGUCCUCAACCGGAACUACUUGCUGUUGGAGCACCUGCAGGCCAUGAGGAGAUACUUGCUGUUGGGCCAGGGAGACUUCAUCAGACACCUUAUGGAUCUGCUCAAACCAGAACUGGCGAGACCUGCCACCACUUUGUACCAACACAACCUGACGGGUAUCUUAGAAACAGCCGUCAGAGCAACCAACGCCCAGUAUGACAACGUGGAGAUCCUCAAACGGCUUGAUGUGCGACUACUCGAGGUUUCUCCUGGCGAUACCGGCUGGGAUGUGUUCAGUCUGGACUACCAUGUUGACGGACCAAUUGCUACGGUGUUUACCAGGGAAUGUAUGGGCCACUACCUGCGUGUUUUUAACUUCCUGUGGAGGGCCAAGAGAAUGGAGUACAUACUAACUGACAUCUGGAAAGGACAGAUGUGUAAUGCCAAGCUGCUCAAAACUAUGCCUGAACUGUCCGGCGUGCUGCAUCAGUGCCACAUCCUGGCGUCUGAGAUGGUCCACUUCAUCCAUCAAAUGCAAUACUACAUCACCUUUGAGGUCCUGGAGUGUUCCUGGGAUGAGCUAUGGAAUAAAGUACAGCAAGCACAAGACCUCGAUCACAUCAUUGCAGCCCAUGAAGUCUUCCUCGACACCAUCAUCUCGCGAUGCUUGCUGGACAAUAGCAGCAGGUCUCUUUUGAACCAACUGAGGGCCAUCUUUGACCAAAUUAUCGAGUUCCAGAAUGCUCAGGACUCCCUGUACCGCGCUGCACUGGAGGAACUGGCCCUCCAGUUGCAGUUUGAGGAGAAGAAGCAGCAGAACCAGGAGGAGGGUCAGUGGGGUGUGACCGCUGAACAGGAAGCUGAGGAGAAGAGGAGGAUUCGGGAGUUUCAGGAAACUAUACCAAAGAUGUGCUCCCAACUCCGCAUUCUCACACACUUUUACCAGAGUAUUGUCCAGCAGUUUCUGGUGCUGCUGACCACCAGCUCAGAUGAAAGUCUUCGUUUCCUCAGCUUCAGACUCGACUUCAAUGAGCACUAUAGGGCCAGAGAACCGAGGCUGCGAGCAUCACUAGGAGCCACACGGGGGCGCCGGAUGUCCAAUAUCUGACACCUCCUUGUUGGAACAUUUCGUAUGACAACACAGACCAGACAACCAGCAAGUCAUUCCAAAAUAAUGGCUGCCUCGGUGGAGCUCUCAACAAUCUGAUAUCAAUGGGAGCCACCUAGUGACAACUCAGUGGAAGUCUGCUCCAGAAAAAACUAUCAAACAAGCCUUACUGAUGGCUUUUUAUGGCCCAACACACGAGUACUGUAAAUAUGCAUGUACGUGACAUUCAUUCUUUGUUUCGUAGUUAUGUUAUAGGAGCAGAAAUUCAAUCCAUUUCAUUACAGUUAUGUAUUUCGACACACCAGGGAUGUCACUGUGAUCAUGAGUAGCAGUGUGUGGGUCAGAGCUUACUUAGUAACACUUCAGUAAUCAGGACACAGGCUCUCGGAAUCUUGCUGGAGCUACAGGAGUCACACAGACUGAUUCGAAGCAAUGCAAUCAGCAGAGGUGGGAAUUCCGUCCCAGCGACAGACGGAAUGGUCCGCUAAUCCGUCUCCACAAUUUUUUUUGCAGAUGAGGGAAGAGAAAGUUAAAAAAAAAAUGACAGUAGUGAAAGUGAGGGCGGAGGCCCUUUUUAAAUAACGGGGACGAAUAGACGGUAUAUUAUAUUAAUAUACUGUAUAUUAUGAAUAAAGAUGGGCUGACAACAAUGGUGGGGUGGCCAGGUUGCAGACAAAAGACGAAUGGGCAGAAUUUGCGAAAUUGCCCAAUUCUGGCAAUCAGUGCAACUGCAUUUGAUCUCAGAUUGAAUGUGAAAUGGUUUCAUUUUGUAUGCACAAAGAUGAAAGACUCAUGUUUGCCCUUGUGUGAUUCUUUUUUUUUUAAUUCCAUAAUGAAUUUGUGUUCUUAGGGACAACAUGAAGCAAAAGUCAGCUAAUUAACUUUACCUCAGAUGAGAAAAAAAAAAAAUCAACUGCCAUAAACUUCUGCUUGAUCAUUA